AUGUGGACACUGGUGACCUUGAUAGCAGUCCUAGUGUGUCUUCUGACACUGCGCUUCCUGAAUCAACUGUGGGCUCACAGGAACUAUCCCCCAGGGCCUCUCCGGCUUCCUCUCAUUGGAGGCGCAUGGCGGAUAUUAAUAAACUUCUCUCAGGAUUCCUUCAUUAAGCUGGCCAAGCAAUACGGAAACGUUUACACCAUAUGGGCAGGGAAUUUGCCUGUGGUGGUAUUGUCUGGAUUCGAGGCUGUGACAGAAGGUGUGAUCAACCAUUCAGAAUGUUUUGAUGAGCGGCCGGUGACUCCUUUCUUCAAAACUUUAGCAAAUGAAAAGGGUAUUAUAUUGUCAAAUGGUCACACUUGGAAGCAACAGAGGAAGUUUGGCCUCGUUACCAUGCGAAAGCUGGGACUAGGGAAGAAAGGCAUAGAGUACCAAAUACAAGAAGAGGCCUCUCAGCUUGCUGAUGCUUUGGCAAAUACAAAAGGACAGCCGUUUGACCCUACAUUACUCAUCACCAAUUCCGUCACCAAUGUGAUCUGUGUCCUGAAUUUUGGUCAACGGUUUUCUAUUGGCGAUGAGGACUUUCUCAAGCUGAGAAAUGCUUUAUUCCAGCUGUAUGACACUUUCCCAUGGCUCAUGAAACAUCUUCCAGGACCUCACAAGAAGGUUUUUGCUGCCUAUGGUCAAAUAGCUUCCUUUGUAAGCAAGGAGAUAGAAAAGCAUAAGGUGCAUCAGUCACUGCAUGAACCACAAGACUUCAUCGAUUACUAUCUACUUCAGAUGAUGAAAAGCAAGAGGGAUCCCAAUUCUACCUACAAUGAAGAGAACCUCAUCCAGUCCAUUGUGGACUUGUUCACUGCAGGGACGGAAACCACCACCACCACGCUUCUCUGGGCGCUGCUCUUAAUGACAAAUUAUCCAGAUAUUCAAGGGAAAGUUCAGAAGGAGAUCGAUGACAUUUUGGGUUCCUCUCAAUCAUUUUCUUACCAAGAUCAGAAGAAACUGCCCUACACCAAUGCUGUAAUUCAUGAGAUCCAACGUUAUCAAUAUAUCUUAUUCUUCCUGCAGAAGGCCCCAAUGGAGACUGGGGACUGCAUGAUGUUGCGACCCGUUUGCUGCCCAGCUUCUGAGAAGCGAAUCCAGGUGGACCCCCAGGCGGACAGAGGGUGUAAUGAACCCUCCCACGGCGGCGGCUGGAAAUCCCCAACCCCUCCCCGAUGA